CAUUCUUUCAGCUCAUGGCGCAGGCCGCCGCAAGCUGUACCGUCGCUUUUUGUGCUCGGAUCAUCUUCUGGGUCCAUCUUCAAGUCAAUCCGCCAUUUUGUUUUAUGGAGAACGUCCGCUGACCACAUUUUCAAGUAUUACCGCUGUGCAUACUUACGCAGGCGCGUUCAGCAUUUCUUGUUGACAGCAAAGUCAGCAAAUGAAAUGGAGGAGUUGAGGGGUUUGAGCUGUUUAGUAUGUUACAAUGCUUUUUCAUCAAUUCAUGAUUCCAAUAUUCCUCGUAAUCUGAUAUGUGGUCAUUCAUUUUGUACAGCCUGCCUUGAAAAGCUUUCGCAGCAGUGCCAUAGACUAUACGUUCAAUGUCCAACUUGCAAAUGUCAAACACUAUUGCAGCAUGGAAUAAAAUCUCUUCCUAAAAACUUUGGAGUAUUAGAAAUAAUUGWAUCCAGAGAAGGUGGACAGUCGGCGUGCACAAGCCCUGACAAGAAUAAACAUAAAGAAAAAAAUAAAGAUAAAACAAGACAUAAAUGUGAAGAGCAUGAUGAAGAAAAGAAAGUCUAUUGCUAUACAGAUGAAUGUUUGAUAUGUAUUUAUUGCCAGAUUUAUGGAAAACAUCAAGGUCACAAGUGUGAAUUAGCCAGUGAUCUAGCAAAAAGCUCAAGAAYGGAGCUUGAAAACAUGGCUGAGAAACUUCAGAAUGAAAUAGCUGAGAUGAACAAAGGAAUAGAAUCUCUUGUUGUUGUGAAAACGUCAAUUAUCAAUCGACAGAGAUUUCUAAGUGAAACUAUCAAGAAAUACAUGACAAUUAUACGACACUAUCUAUCAAUCCAAGAAGGAAAAUUGUUGAAUUCUGUCAAUGAUAUGUCCUCAUGUAAGCUACAAGCUCUUAUGGCUCAAGAGAAGACAUUACAAGAGUUUAGUAUGAGGUGUGAAGAGUUAUAUCUUUUAAUCAAGACUCUCAAGACUGACAAUGACAGCAGUGUGAUUGAGGAGAGACCUACAAUAGAAAAACUAGUAGAUGGUAUGCUGUCUGUUUCGCACGCAUGCCAAAUCAAACCCCAAGCACAGAAUACAUUGAUGUUUAAAUGCAGUGAUGAUGUCAUCAAGAUGCUGGAUAAAUAUAUUGGUACUAUUGAACAAACUUGUGGAGACAAGGAUGAUGAACAAAAUGACAACUCAGAUGAAGAUAAAGAACUUUUUUUGAAGAGUGUGAUUGAGAAACUUGAAAAGGAAGCCUUCUUUGAAAAUGUUGAAAAUGAUCUUUUGGAAAGCCAACAGCAAGAAGAACAUUCAGAAGAUGACUCAGAGGAUGAGGAGGAAGAGGAUGUGGAGGAUGAGGAUGAAAUUGAAGAGGAAGAUGAUGAUUCUUCAGAAGAAGAUGAAGAAACUCUGGAAGAAGAGGAUCAAGAUGAAGAAAAUGAAUCCCAUGCUGAAGCUGAGGAUGAUGAGCCUACGUCAGAAGGAGAACUUAUUGGGGCAGUUGGUGGAAACAUCCUUCCUGAAGCACAACAGGAUGAGGGACCAAAACAUGACAAAGAAAUAAACAAGAAACAAGGCCUACUGAGAGAGCUACAACAUGAAAUAGAAAGGCUUAAGUUACUUGGACCAAGAGGUGAUAUAAUACGAGUGGUUGAUGACACUUCAUCAAGUUCAGAUUCCGACAAUGAAACAGCUGAUGGUCCAAGUACUCGUAGUUUACAACUUGACCUGCAAAUYACAGUUAAUAACGAUUUGGGUGGAGCUCGAUCCAGAUCCCGCGCCACGGCAUCAUCCAAAAUGGAGGACCUGUUUACUGUAGCAAACAACAGACUACCACGUGAUCGAAAAACAGAACCAAUUUAUCACAAAAGAAAACAGUGUUCAGUAAAUUGUGAACAUCAUUUAAAACCUACUCUACAAUGCAAGAAAUGUUGCCRAGUGUUUUGCAAAAAUUGUGCUUCAGUGUCUCUGCAUUGCAGCAAAAGUGAAAAAGGUCACGAUUAUGUGAACUAUGGCCAGGAUUCUACUCUACGUAAAAAAACGAAAUCUCGUAGGAAACUCCAAUGGGAAUGUAAACGGUGUACCAUGGUAAACGAGAGCCAUGUCCUUGUAUGUGGGGCUUGUGARACCUCGAAAGAUUUCGACCCUAAUGAAGUGCGAAAUGUAUGCCCAAUGUGUACUCUGGUAAACGAACCAGGAAAAACCAACUGCGAACUAUGCGAUACUGAUUUAGAGGAGUGUUUGAAUUAAGAAUAAAUGACGAAUGAUUAUUUUAAKAAAUGGAAAGCGUUUCAGUGUUUUUGUGUUAUAAAUUAAAAAUAAAAUAGAGAGAGAAUGGAAAAUAUCGAAUGGAUAGGUGGGGCAGGACCGAACAAGGGGAUUGUUACGUAUUCCUUCACGUAUUCCUUAGAUAGUUUCAAAAGUCAAUAA